AUGCGCUCCUCCUCCCCCGAGGCCGCUUCUGGCCGCCUCCGCUCCUCGGAUAGGAAGCGCGCAGAACCUCGUCCUUUUCCUGCUCAGCAGAUGUUUGUUUUAGCCUGCUGCAGAAUAUGCGAGCCAAUCGCCUUCAUGUCUAUUUUCCCCUACAUCUAUUACAUGAUUCAGGACUUCCACAUUACCGACGACCCUAGUAAAAUCGCAGUCUAUGCUGGCAUGGUUACAUCUGCCUUUACCCUGGCCGAAUUCGCUACCGGAGUAUUUUGGGGUCGUCUCAGUGACAGCAUCGGCCGCAAGCCUGUUCUUCUAAGUGGUCUUGCCGGUACUGCUCUCAGCGUCCUCGCUUUUGGCUUUGCUCCCAACCUACCAGUUGCCCUCUUCGCUCGAGCCCUCGGUGGUCUCCUCAAUGGCAACAUUGGUGUGCUUCAGACCACAGUCGCUGAACUGGUGACUGUCAAGGAACAGCAGCCUCGCGCCUACACAAUCAUGCCCAUGGUUUGGUGCAUUGGAUCAAUCGUCGGCCCUAUGAUUGGAGGCGCUCUCGCACGGCCAUGCAUCAGCUACCCGCAACUCUUCGCAAGGGGCACAAUCUGGGACCGCUUCCCCUACUUGCUGCCCAACCUCUUCAGCGCCUGUACUGUUCUCUUUGGUGUCAUUAUUGGGCUCCUCUUUCUGGAUGAAACGCACGCCAAGAAGAAGUUCCAGCGUGACCGCUGUCGCGAGGUCGGAGACAAGAUCACUGCCUUCUUCAGCCGCGCCGGGAGCUGCAAGGGCCGCACCCCCGAAAAGAAGAGCCUUUUUCACGAAUCUUCGCCCGCCGGAUACAUGUCCAUCACCUCCCAAACUCCGCUCCUCGGCGAGGACGAUGAGCUCCUCCCGAGCUACAGAAGCCAGGACAGUUCGCCAAAACUCGGCCCAAGCAGGGUCCCUGGCUCGCCCGUUGUCACUCGAGUCGAGCCUGCACCGCAACAAAAGAUAUUCACUCGGCCCGUCAUUAUGAACAUCAUGUCCUACGGCAUUCUUGCAUUCCACACCAUGACAUUUGACCAGCUCUUCCCGGUUUUUCUCAGCACCUCACCACCCGAUCAUCCCGUUCGGCAGCUUCCGUUCAAAUUUGUCGAUGGCUUUGGUCUCGAUACGAAAACCAUCGGUUUCAUCAUGUCCGUCCAGGGCCUCUACUCACUCUUUUCCAACUACCUAGUCGUCGCCCCGGUCACUCGUCGUCUAGGAUCCCUUCGCCUCUUCCGACUCAUUGCGUUUUCCUAUUUUUCGCUAUACUUGGUGACCCCCUACCUUGUGCUUCUCCCCGACAACCUGAGAAUGCCCGCCAUUUACCUUCUUGUUAUUUGGAAGUGCACCUUUGCGACAAUGGCAUAUCCGAGCAACGCCAUCCUGCUGGCCAACUCUGCACCCUCCAAGGAGGUUCUCGGCACCAUCAAUGGCAUCGCUGCCUCGACCGCCAGUCUCUGCCGUGCUCUUGGUCCGACAGUCUCCGGUUUUCUAUAUGCCCUAGGUCUCCAGACCGGUUACUCUGGUCUCGCUUGGUGGUUCAGCGGUGUCACCACCCUCGUAGGCGCCUACCUCAGCUCUCAAAUCACCGAAGGUGGCUAUCAAUCUGCGGCCUCUGAUGAAGACGAGGAGCCACUCCUCGAGUCGAUGGUAGAUGAAUACGACGAGGAGCAUGGCGUAACACGCUAUUGA